AAAUGUCAUGUGUAAAAUGUCAAAAUAAUUCCGAACAAAAACAUCGCAACACAAAAAUAUUUGUUUUCUAUUUUGUAAAUUCUUUAAAAAAAACACCAUUAAUAAACAAAUAAAAUGACUCUGGCCCAUCGGGCCCUAUUCACCUGGUUUAUCAUAUUACUUUUCCUUAUUUUACUCUGCUUAAGACUUGACCCGCGUACCCAUUGGAACUGGUUCAUUGUAUUCAUACCACUUUGGCUAUUCGAUGCCAUCCUCAUCAUUUACGUUAUCAUUAAAAUCGUUACCAAAUGGAGAAAUCUGAAGCGCCUCAAGGAGUUACUAGUUUCAUAUCAAUGGUAUAUUGCUGGUGUAUUGUUAAAGAUUGCUUCUCAAGUUAUGAUUUGCCUAAAACUUGAAUACCAACAACUGGAACUCUCUAUAUUCACAACUAUGAUACCCAUUUGGAUUCUUCUUCCCUCAACUACGAUUUAUGUUUUUGUAAGCAUGCAACAAAGAAUAAAAGCGAAACGUUAAAAACCAUA